AUGGUGGAUGAGGAGUCCUUCUUCAGCUUGCUGAUCGCCAAUGAGAGAGUGGAGAAGUGGUUGGCGGACAUUCGGGCGAAAGAAGCGCGCCAUCGCGUCAAAAUUGCACUGGAGGAGCUCUCGAGCAGCUGUAAUCAAGAAGCCUAUGCCGAAGAGGCCAGAAGAUUGGGGGCUGUGCAGGUGCUGACUGGGUUGCUGAAGCGCACGGAUGACGAUGAGCUGUUGUCGCUGGCAGCAGAUGCCCUUGCGGCUUGCAGCGGCCUCAUGGCCAGUAGCGGCAAGGUGCGCACCUUUACCUAUAACGGGACCCCGAUAAUCCUCCAAGAGGGGGCGCUUGGGGAUGGCAUCGGAGCAAAGAUUUGGACUGUAGCCCACACUUUCUGCAGGGAGAUGGCCAGCCACCCAAACAUUGUGCGCGGCAAGCGUGUGCUGGAGAUUGGCAGCGGGUGCGGGGCCUGCGGCAUCCUGGCAGCCAAGCUGGGGGCGGAGAAAGUCCUACUCACUGAUUAUGUGGAUGCGGUGCUACGCAAUCUGCGGGACUGUGUUCACCUCAACGGCGGCUGCACUGAGCAGGCAAAUGGCCAAACAGCUGCGGCAAGGUGUGGUGCAGCAGAGGCGGGAGAGGAACGGCCAGAGGAUUGGGACCCGGAAGAUGCUAGCGAGUGCGGCAGCGACGACUUUGAUGCGACCUUGGGCGAAGCGCUGGGGUGUGGCGCUGGCAGCACGCAACAGCAGCAGCGACAGGCGGCAGCAUGGGACGCUCCACCCAUGCACAUUCGGUUCUACGACUGGCAGGACUCUGUGGCCCAGCUGAGCGAGCAAGAGCAGGAAGAACUGGCCGGCGUGGCGGGGGUGGCCGAAGGUGUGGCGGCAGCCGCUGCUCCGGGUGCCACCAUCGACACCGCCAGCAACCACGGCGGCGCGCCGGACAUGGAUGCCAAGGAGCAGUUUGAAGUUGUUAUUGGUACUGAUGUCCUCUAUGAGUGGCCGAUGGUGAAACAGGUUCCGGCCGUGAUCAAGCAGCGUCUGUUGCCCCACGGGAGCGCAUUGCUGUGCUGCGCGGUCAGAGAGCAGGCCAUGUUUGAUGCUUUUGUGGCGGCUACGGCGGUGCUGGGCCUGCGGGUUGGCAUCUCGUCCGUCUCCCCAUGCGCGGACGAUGCCGGGCUACUGGACAUCAAGCAGGACUACGAGGGCGGAUAUGUGCUGCUUGCUGUGGAGCACGCUCAGGCCCCCGCAGAUGACUGGCACCGGGCCGACCUCUUCCCCGGGCAGCGUGCUUGA